CGCAGAGAUGAUGGUGUGGUCGUUCUCUGCCGCUGCUUCAGUUGGAGAGUUAUCAACACGCCUGAGCUGAGCUUCUGCCGUAUGGAGCUGCGGACGGAGCCGCUUGUAGCACCUUUCGAGAUGUCGGAGAGCAGCGAGAGCCGAGCGGAGGAGUCCCUGGAAGCGGACCUGUACGAGAGUUUGCCUCCCACGGCUUCCCUGUGGACGCACAUGACGGCGGGCGCGGUGGCGGGGAUCCUGGAGCACACGGUGAUGUACCCGGUGGACUCCGUCAAGACACGUAUGCAGAGUCUUCAGCCAGACCCCAAGGCGCAGUACCGCAGCGUGUACGAGGGUCUGCACCGCAUCAUCCGCACUGAGGGUGUCCUUCGGCCGCUCAGGGGCCUAAACAUCACUGUUCUGGGGGCCGGUCCUGCCCACGCGCUCUACUUUGCCUGCUACGAGAGGGUCAAGCGCAUCCUCAGCGAUGUCAUCCAGAAUGGGGGCAACAGUCACUUGGCCAAUGGAGUGGCAGGCAGCUUGGCUACGGUGCUUCAUGAUGCUGUCAUGAACCCUGCAGAAGUUGUGAAGCAGCGGAUGCAGAUGUACAACUCCCCUUACCGGGGCCUCUGGGACUGUGUCCGCACAGUGCAGCGCACCGAGGGCCUGCCUGCCUUCUACCGCAGUUACAGCACGCAGUUGGCCAUGAACGUGCCCUUCCAGGCCGUACACUUCGUCACCUACGAGCUGACGCAGGAGCGACUGAAUCCACAGCGCCGCUACCACCCGGCCAGCCAUAUCCUGUCGGGCGCAGUGGCGGGCGCUGUGUCGGCAGCAGUCACCACGCCGCUCGACGUUUGCAAGACGCUGCUAAACACACAAGAGAACACUGCUCUCAGCUCCGUGCGUGUCCGAGGCCACCUGUCAGGCAUGGCCAAUGCCAUUAGGACUGUGUAUCGCCUGGGUGGGUUUCCUGCCUUCUUCAAGGGUGUGCAGGCUCGCGUCAUCUACCAAAUGCCCUCCACUGCCAUUGCCUGGUCUGUUUAUGAGUUCUUCAAGUACUUUUUGACAAAGCAACAGCAGGAUCGACAGCCCGGGGUGGGAAGCAUCUGAGGAGGGAUGUUGUGAGCGGGUGUGAUAGUACAGCCAUCUCCUAAGGCCCUCGAAGGCCCUGGCGUACCACACGUUGGAAUGGUGCCACAUGGCGACCGGGAGGUUGUGUGUUGGUUCCCAUUCUUUUGCCCUUAUGCGAACAACCAUUGCAGGGUGGAAGAGCAAGAAGGUGAAGAGUCUUCCUCUGACUGGAUAUUUGGCAGCUCCAAGGCGAUCUUCUGGAAACUCCUCUUGCCCAUAUCCUUCCGAAGCCAUUCCCUCUGUGUUACCAUGUAUGUAUUCUAGGAAGGUUUGCUGGAAGAUGACAGGAUGAAAUCACUGCAUAGAAACACUCAAUGUCAAGUGAAAGGGAGAAAAUGGCUACCCCAUAAUAACCACUGACAAAUUGCAAAUCUAAGGUGAUAAACUAUUCACUGCCAUAUACCCUGCAACAGGGGUUUUCAGUCUUGGUUCUUGAAUCCUGCUGUGCAUUGUAAGUAAUUAUUGUUGAGCUGAUUAUUGAAUGAAUAGCACAGAUUAAACAGUGUGUUAUUUAAGCACUUAGGAACACCGAUAAUGGCAAGAUAAGUAAAUGCAUGGCCCCCCCCUCCAUUUUAUCACUUAAAAUACAAAAAGUAAAUCACUGAUUACAAUCAAUGUGCACUAUGAUUCUUAGCUUUCAGUUUAAUUUAGAAUAACUUUAUUCAGUACUAAUUUAUUCUGUUAAGUUUCACAAUUAUUUUACUUUCACCAGCAACAUUUUUCUGUUCUGAAUUUGGAAAAAAAAAUUAGCAAAAAUUUGUUGCAUCACUGUGAAGAAUCAGUUUGGUUAAAUGUUCUUUAAAUCAUUUGAUUCAAAGGAUGGCUUCCUUGGGGCCAUUUAAUUAAAAGCUCUGUUGGAACACAACACAGCAUAUACAGUGGGAUGGGAAAAAAAACCAAUAUCCUAGUAUAUUGAACACUGCAUUUUUUUUUAGUUUGGAGAUUUACAGAAGUAGGAAAUUUUAUUUUUUUUUAUCCAUUUCCGUGUCUCAGAAGGGGCGUUUCUCAUCUUUGAAUUAUGUUUCAGUAGUGUCUAAAUGUGUCAAACACAUUCAUGAGUCUUACAGAACAUCGCAAGUAACUUGGACUUGCUUUUAGAGUGGCUUUUUUCGGUGCAUUUCGCACUUCUGUCAGAUUUGACAAGUGGACACUCGGAGCGUAGUUCUUCAAUCUCUUAA